AUGAUGAAGUUGGUGGUGUUGACUUGCCUGCUAGCUGCCGCAUCGGCUGGACUUAUCGCGCCGCUUGCAUAUUCCGCACCUUUCGGUUACGCUGCUGCCAUUCCAUAUGCUGCUCCGCUCCUGGCGCCCUCCAAUUACCGAGGACCUCUGUCACUGGCCCCCGGCCAGCCAGCCAACAUCCUUGGAGCCGACGGCAGGCCUUUGGACACCUUGGACGUCAAUCUGGACCGCUCUGCGCACAUCACCGCUAAGGCCCUAAACAAUGGAUUCCAUCUCCUGAAGAAGCGCUCCGUCAUCACCCCACUGAUAAGCCCCAUCAACCGUGCUGCCACUCCGUUGGUUACACCGGCUUACUCCUUUGGCGCUCGAUAUGCUUCAUCUUUAUCUCACUUCGCCCCUAUUUCAUACGGACCCUCCGUCUACAGCUAUGUCUUC